GGGACAGCAUCAAGCGCCCCCCACACGCAUCAUCGUCCGCCUAGGCUGUCAUCGGGCAUCUGCCUAUUGGGCUGGGUUGAUCCAAGGAUAUCCACACAGACAGACCGUACCUGUAUCCAGUAGACAGCCAGACUGUCUUCCGUGAAGUUAACGUAUACUUCCGCUGACUCUUGUUCUAUUUAUUUCUGGGCUUAUCCGUCGCCCACUGUUCUCGAUUCGAAGCUUCGCCCUGGAGCUCUUCACUUGCUCUUUCCCUCAAGCUUUACUUAUGACAUUCACACUCAAACAACAUGGCUGACUCUUCAGACCCUCACCCCAGACCUCCUCAUUACACCUCUACCGAUCCGCACCUCCGAUAUCCCACUCUUCCUCCUCUAAGUGCCUCUGUAGAGGAGUGGUUAUCUCGCUCGCGACCUAUCAGCAUGACGUCAACUCCGAUGGAACACACUACCAGAUCACUGAGUGAGAGCUGGGCGACCAUGAGUGCAUCGGAUGUCCACUCAGAAGACGGCACUCGCUCUGAGCAGACAGAUCUUGGGUCUUUGAUCGACCAAACCGGGCCCGAUGAUGUAGCAAGUCUCGACGGGCGGUCUAGUAACAGCGACAUAGACACAAACGAUGAGGAAGGGUUCGAUGGCGACAGUUACGACUCCAGGAGCAACAUUUCGGUAUCCCAGGAAUUGUCGUCCGCUUUUCCUCACAUUAGAAACUCUAUCGAUGACAGUAGCCUAACCACCAAGACUGCGUUCCGUCAGUCAGUCGAGUCCAUCGAAUUUGCUGAACCCGAGAGCUGGCCCGAAAUUGAUCGGGUAGAAUUGAAGCAUACCAUCUGUGUGUUUGAAGGACCUGAUGCAGCAGAGCUAAAAUAUAAGCUUCCUGAGGGGUCGGAAGACUCGACGCUCACAGCUACAGUCCAGCAGACCAUGACGAGGAAAAGCCUUGAUACCGACAAACCAUUCCAUGUGCUAUACCUUGGCAGCCCGGAUUUUCGGAACAUUGUUCUCGAUAAAAUCGGAGACGUUCUGGUUUCGAGCUCCUGUAGCAGUUUCGAGAGCGGUUCAGCCGAGUCAUCGAGAUAUCAUGUUGUCCCAACGUCCUUUGGCGCAGGCGCAGUUCCCAACUUUGCUGAGCUUCUUCCCAUUCAUGUUCAGCUCAUUGUGGACGAAUGCCCCGAGGCUUCCGCGGACCCUCAGACUGACAAACCUAGCAUCAUCAGUUUGAGUUUCAAAAACCGGCCACCGUGCACGUCGAUGUGGUCAGGAACUGAAUACUGUAUCUCGUCUUCCGUUGAAUGGAUACUGCCCGAUGUAGCGAUAUUUUUCAUAUCCAGUACUGAUACUACCAAAGAUAUGGAGACCCAGAGACUGGCUCGCAUCUUCAUGGAAAGACAUGGUGUUCCGACAAUGGUCAUCUCCGAGAAGCCGCUUUGGACGAUGUCUAGGGACCCUAUUCCUGUCAACCACCACAGUCUCCACAUGUGCCUGGAAUCUCGCAGUUCGCUAGAUGGGACUUCCAUGAUUCUCAGAAGGUAUCCCAUCGACCUGAAGACUUUUGAGAGCAUCACACCCGGGCAGCUCAACAGGAACCUGGCGUCAUUGGCAACUAUUUACCCUAGGAGACCUUGCCAAAUGGCGUUGGAGACCCCGGAAUUUCCUCAUACUAAAACGUCUUUCAACGUUGACGAUCACGCGCGUAACAUCUUCUCUGUUCCCUACAUCAGCGGCAACCACGAUCUGGCAUCCGUAUUUCGUCUCAUCACAUUCAUUAUUCUUUCUCUUGUAGCCAUCUCCUUCGGGCAUUCGGCCCUAAGGGCCGCGGUCUUAUUCCUUUCUCAAUAUUUCGCUAGUUCUGCAGUCUCCAGCGCAGUCUCUUCUGUCUCGAGCAGCGUUCCAGCUACCAGUCUCCUUUACACAGGAGCAUCACUUCCAGUCUUGUCUACGUCUCUUAGCGACGUCCAGCUGAUGAGGAACCAGAUGGACAGCCACUCUCGGUUACAAGACCUGAUAGAAGGGGUGUCUGUCUCUGAGAGGCGGGACUCGACCGAUUCGUUUGAAAUCCAGGUAGUCGGCGAUUGCCAUCUUGUUAUCAAGCCGCCUAAUAAGUCCCCUACUGGCAAGAAACAACCGAAGUUCAACGUGCAAGUCAGUCGAGGAGGCAAACCUCUCGAGUAUGAGCUCUCAAUGUUGUUCGACGGGGUGUAUACCUUGAAACUGGACCGGGGCGAUGCAUAUGGCCAGUUAGAUGUGACAUUAACCACGACUUCCAAGAACCCUUACAUACAGACGACAUCCGUGGACUUAGGGACGCCAUGGUUGAAGAUCCAGAACUGGAAGCGGGCAGCUCAUGCCAUCACUUCACAGCUGAUGAGAGACUUUGCCACCGCGCAAACCGGGCUUUCAGAAGUCUACGGCCGGUUCUGCACUGACUUGCAAGUGCUUAUGGGAGAUGUUGUAAAAAGGGCACAUUUCCUACGGGAGGAGGUGUCUUCUUUGCGGCAUGAGUCGGUGCAGCUUCCCCCUGGAACGAGGGACAUGGUUCUCUCGCGAUCAGAGCAACUUACCGAAGCCGUGAAACGGACUGCUGUGCAGCCACUUCUCGCCGUCUCGUCUGCGCUGCAAGCCCAGACCAACAAGGUCCAUACGGGAGCUAGAGAAAUGAUGAGUGACACCUGGGACAAAAUCAGCUCUCAUGCUCCAGGGCUUGAUCUUGGCGCCAUGAAGGAACGCCUUCGGGAUGCGCGGAAAUGCAGGGCUUUGGAUAUAGCGCAAAAGAGAGCCCGGAGUCUUGUGGGACGGAAGACGUGUCAAGAUUCUGAGUGCUCCUGAUAAAGCUACUGUCCGUGGUCCACCAGUCGGGCCAUAACGUCUGACAGUAGUGGUAUUCUGAUGAAUGCCGUUCGCUCCUUUACUUUCCUAGCUUGUGUGCUUCUUGGGAUGUUUCAUUUGGUUUGCGCUUAGGCGAAAGGAUGGGUCGGAUAUCAGGUACGGAUUGAAUCAUGGGAUGUCUUCCA